ACGCCCCAUCGCCUGCGGGGGCGGGACUGUCCGAGACCCCCAGGACCCCCGCACAUCCCCGCCCGGGAUCGGGCCCCGCCGCACCCCCGGCGGCCCUGCCCGCCCCGCUCAGGGCGACCCCCCGCCGGUCCCGACCCUGACCCUGGCCUGCCGCUCCUGCAGGCCCCUGCCGGGCCCGGCUCCAGCCAUGGUGCCCGCCUGACCCCGUCGCCCUCCCGCCCCCGCCGCUUCCCGGCAGAGCGGCCCCCGCCGGACCGGCACCAUGGCUGCCCUGGGCACCCUCCUGCUCCUCGGCCUGCUCCUCACGGCCGCGCCGGGGCUGGGGCAGGGACCGGGGCGGCGGCGGCGGCCGCCCCCUCCCCAGAGGCCGCUGGAGGAGGUGGCGGCUCAGGAGGGGCUCAGCCUCCCUGAGCUCGCAGGGAGGUGGUUCCUGGUCGGUGUGGCCUCCCGCUGCAGCUACCUGGCAGAGCACAGCCACCAGCUGGAGGCCACUGCAGUGAUGGUGACGGUCCUGGAUGGGCAGAGCCUGGCCAUCAGCACCUUCAGGAAGCUGCUCUGGGACAUCCUUCUGCAGCACCCCCCUGAGGAGAAAACAAAGUCCCAGGAAAACAGAGACGGGAUGUGCUGGGAAAUCAGGCAGCGCUACCUCCCUGCCCAGGCCCAUGGAUGCUUCCUCCUGAAGGGCCGUGGCUAUGGUAACAGGGUAGAUGUUGUGGUGGGCGAGACAGACCACAGCCACUACGCCAUCCUCUAUUACCAGACAGGUCGGAGCAUCUCCAUCAAGCUCUACGGACGGAGCAGCCAGGUCAGCAAUGCUGUUGUGGACAAGUUUGAGCAGCGUGUCAAGGCUAUGGGCCUGAGUGAAGACGUGAUCUACUACUUCCCCACAUACGGGUUUUGUGACUCUGCAGAUGAGUUUCACAUCCUCGAUGAAACAAAGCCAUAGAUGCAUAUGGCAUUGCCAGGAGGUCCCCAGAGCUCAGUCCUCGCCUUAUCCAGCCACCUACAGCCAUGGAAGACCUAGCCUGGGUUUGGUCAGACACUGCUGCAGCUAACCCUGGGUUCCCCAGCUCCUCCAGCUGCACUGGCAGCUGUGCCUGUCCCUGUUCUGUCCCCCCACAGCUUUGUGUUGCCCCUCUGCUCUGCACACCGGUGCCCUGCAGCAGCCUGUGACACCCCAAUAAAUGCCUCAGAGAAGA